AUGCCUGGACACGUUAUAGACUACAGCAAGAGUUCACUGUCGGUCUGCAAAGGCCCCUCUCCAUGCACAGGCUCGUCCAUUGCAGUAGGCAGCUUGAGGUACGGCACGCUUGUCCCGAGCGAGUUCGGAGAGAUAGUGAUUUGGCGCCAUUGGGGCUGCGUCACACCUGAUAUUCUGCGCAUCCUUGCGACUGUGGACCUCAAUUCCGUAACAGGCUUUAAUACUCUGCGUCCCGAGGAUCAGGGAAAAGUCCGCCGCGCUAUAGCAGGCAGACGUGUAGAUCCUGUUGACAUACCUACAUCUGCCAAAGCCAUUGCAGCCCCAAUGAGCCAACCUUUACAACCUCUCAUGCCUCUACUGACUGCACCGGAACCCACAUCCGCCAAUCAGAGACAACGGAAACGGAAACAGCUGUCUGAAAGCUCUGAGCCUUCUGUUCCAAGCGUCUCUGGGGUCUCUACCAGCUCCCGCCCUCGUACUAACGACGAAGACGAGGAAGUUCUACUUAUCGAGCCUGAACCAAUCGAUGAACUCUAUUGCAUCUUCAAGACACGUGUCGUCGCAUUGACCUUGCUGCCAUGUCGACGGGGUGUGCAGGUCUGGUGGGAGCCGGCGAACAGGAAUGCUAUCAAGGUCGUAAACAUCGGUGGCAUGCAAGUAGGUCACAUUCCGAAGGAGAUCGCCGCCCGAGCAGCUCCACUCCUUGAUAAGGGGUUAGUGAAUUUGGAGGGUACCAUGCUUUCCGGAAAUCUCGGCGCAUUUAGUUACUCCCUAGAGCUGGAGCUGAGAAUUUACGGAAUGUCGGACAAACGUGACAUCCUGGAGCCUCAACUCGCUUGGGCAACUCGCCAGUGGGGUUGGGGUGGACCGGGUGGACAAGUUCCCGGAGCGCUGUCUGCACCCUCUUAUGCUGGUGCUGCAACGUCAGCUGCUCAAAUACACCAGUCUCAGCCCGUUUCCCGCCGGAGACGUGCAACGAGCGUCGCCCUAAGUCAGUCACAAGACGAAGCUACUAAAAAGCAGCAGCAAGCACUCGCCAAGGCGAAGGAACUUGCACAAGUUCUCGGCACCCUUGAAAAAGUGGAUGACGACUCCCGGCGUACAUCGUUAUUGGAUACUCUUUGCACUGCAGACGAUAUCUUGAAUUUGCCAGUACACCCAAACCCUCCAGGUGUUGCCAGUGGGGAUCUUGUUGUAGAUCUUUUGAAGCAUCAGAGUCAAGCUCUGCAGUGGUGCAUCGAGCGUGAGCAUCCUACCCUACCAACUACAGAGUCGGACAGGCCAGUGCAAUUUUGGCAGUAUCGCAAGGCAGGAAAUAAGACCCCGCAGGAGAUCACCACACCACCAGUUCUUGGUCGUGGAGCACUGGUUGCUGAUAGCAUGGGUCUGGGUAAAACGUUGACCAUGCUUUCGCUUAUCCUUGCCACGAAGAAGGAUGUUCCGUCGGACCACUCUCAGGCUACUCUAAUUGUGGUUCCUCUUUCUGUGAUGUCUAACUGGGAACAGCAAGUCGAAGAGCACUGUACAAGGGGUGCUCUUAAUACCUAUGUUUACUAUGGGGCAUCCCGUAGCAUGGCAGCUGAUGGACUAACCAAGUAUGAUGUCGUCAUUACGACCUAUCAGACAGUAGUUGUGGAGGCAGAGCCUAGCGUUUUCACGGACAGUCGUCUAGGUGGGCAUAGAGUUAUCCUGGAUGAAGGUCAUAAUAUUAGAAACGCAAAAACGAAGAUGGCGAGGGCCGUCUGCAGGCUUACUGCUCAAAGGAGAUGGGUCCUAUCUGGCACACCUAUCAUCAACUCGCCUAGGGAUUUGGGUUCUAUCCUCACGUUCCUUCAAAUAUGUCGACCCCUGGACGACGAAGAUUUCUUCAAGAGGCUGCUCUUACGCCCCCUCAAACAAGGCGAUCCAGCUGGCGUGGAAUUACUCCGUGCGCUCAUGACCCAAGUUUGUAUCCGGAGAACCAAGGAGAUGAGAGAUUCCCAGGGAAAGCCCCUAGUUUCCUUGCCCCCGGUAGAUGUUACACUUAUUCCAGUCACGCUUCACGAAGGGGCACGACUUGAUCAAUCAAGCCGGCGGGAUGAACACCAUUGUAAGCACAUUUUGGAGUCCCCUCACAUUGCCUCACUUGCUCUGCAGGUCACCUCCAAUGUACUUAGUAUGCUCACCCGCCUGCGCCAAAUUGCGCUCCACCCUGGACUGAUUCCUGUCAACUACCUUGAGCAGCUACAGGCCACCGAUGAGCUGCCUACACAACCUUCGGUGGGCCAUAUCACACCGGAACUGAAAGAACGUUUGCAGGCCCAACUAUCUAAGCUGAUCGAAGACAGCGAAGAGUGUCCGAUCUGCUUUAGCGUAUUGACGGAUCCCAGGAUCACACCAUGCGCGCAUGCAUUUUGCCUUCGUUGUAUUUCAGAAGUCAUUGCAAGGGACCCGAAAUGCCCUAUGGACCGUCGCCGCAUCAACGCCGGAGAACUAAUCGAAUCUCCGCCGCCAGUAGAAUUCACCCAAUUACCAGCGAGGCACGAUGACCAAGGCUGCAAUGAAUUGCGAAUGGGAUCAUCGGCAAAGAUCGACCAGCUAGUUGACUUACUGAAAUUGCUUCCCAGCGAUGAAAAGAGUUUGGUAUUCUCUCAAUUCACGUCCUUCUUGGACAAGAUCGGCGAAACUUUGAGUGAGCACGGGAUACCCUACGUGCGUUUCGAUGGGCAGUUAUCUGCCAGGAGACGGCAAGAAAUUCUGGAGCGCUUCUCAAUUCCGCUCGAAACCGAAUCGUGCAUUGAUAUCUCUACCGGAGUCACUGAUACCGAUGUUUAUGACCUUACUGACGAUGGUACUACUGAAGAUGAUGAUCUUCACCAGGGAAUAUCUUCCCUAGUGGAGAAGAGCAAAGAGAAGGCUUCGGAAAGCAUAAUAUUAUCCAAUGCUAAUUCAAAGUCGUUGCUUAACGGUUCCAUGCUCCAAGGCAAAAAUCCGAAAGUCAUGUUGAUUUCCCUCAAAGCGGGUGCACUUGGACUGAACUUGACUGUUGCGAACAACGUAUUUCUAUACAUCCAGGAAGGAAUUGAAAGCCAGGCUAUCGACCGGUGCAACCGGAUUGGACAGAAGAGACCUGUCCAUGUCUAUCAACUCAUUGCCGAAAACACAGUAGAAUCAAAGGUCAUCGAAAUCCAAGAGAGGAAAAAGAAACUCAUUCAACAUGCAUUUUCGGGUGCGAAGCAAACUGAAACACAACGUGAAAGGCGGGAAGCCAGGCUGCAAGAUCUCAUCCAGUUGUUGGGCAUCCAGCAACGUGGUUAA